AGUACGAUUACAUCAGCUAGAAAACGCAUACGGAAUUUCUCUCCAACGGUCAGUGUUAUGUACCGGAUCAGUUGUCUGACGCUUUGUGGAGCGAGCAGUUCGAGGAGAAAUAAAGCUGUGAAGUUGUAAAACAAGUGACAAUAGCAAAUUCAUUCUAUAUUUGAUGGCUGAUUAUGAGCGUAUUGAAGAGUGUUAUCAUCACGCUGCCUAAGGGCCUUUCAAAGGCGCCUGGCUUAAUUACGGCGGACGAAUUGUCGAAAUCUGUGUCAAAAAUAAAUUUCACCGCUUCUUUAUUGACCGACAAGUCGAGGAUGGAUCCGAAAAGAAUCGCUAAACACGAAGAAAUUCAAGACGAUGACAGUACGCUAUUUAAAUCGGAUGUUUGUAUACGCGGGAAAAAGAGACGACUGGAUCACUUGACAUGGGAGGAAAAAUUACAGAGGAAGAAAUUAAAAAAUAGGGUAGCAGCUCAAACUUCGCGGGACCGUAAAAAGGCUAAGCUCGACGAAUUGGAAGAAACCGUGAAGGCGUUGCGUGAGCAAAAUGAAUUACUAUCGCAAGAAUGCGUGAUGUUGAGGUCGCAAAACGAGGUGUUGGUCGCUGAAACAAAAAGAUUGAGCAAGGAUAGAGAGGCCAGGAACGCGGGAGAUUUUGUCUGUUCCAUGUGUCAGGGUCGUGUCGGCUGUGCUGUGUCCUCGCUGGGAUCUACAGUAUCCCCCUCUCACCCUCUGCAGCAGGGUGGAACAACACAGCUGGCAUCACCUGACACUAACCCCAGGAGCAGCAAUUCUUCUGAAAAUACUGACCAUUUACCUCCUCUUGAAGAAUUAUUUGGUGACCUCCAAGGAGACGACUACAUCGAGCGACUUGAAGAACUUGCAGAGAGCCUUUUGCGAGAGGUUACCACAGAAGUGGAAACAAAUUCUCAUAGAACAAACGAACAAGUAUCAGCCAAGGAAAAUAUCACAGAGAAAUGUGACCAUCCAAAAGGAAUGGUGGGGCAGACAUCAAAAGAUGUGGAAGCCAAUGGAACCUGUAGAAGCUUGAGUACACAUCAACCAUGGCAUCCUGUUUCUUGCACAGCUAAUACACCUUAUACCACAAACACAACUGCACCUGUGUCAAUAAAAUCCGAGGUCGAGGUAAAACAAGAAGACGAAACGCACGAUUUGGACACUAUAUAUGGUACCUACGACGAAGCAACCAAUUCCGUCACGAUCAUAUAUCCUGGAGACAACACCAGCGUCAGCAUUCAAGAAUGCGUUCAAGAAGUGGUUGCGGACGGUGUUGAUUCAAACGAGGAUUUCACGUACUUAACACCGAAUUAUUAUUCCAAUCAUUUGUCACCAUCUUACACAAGCACGGACUCUAUGUCACCCUCGAGUAUACAUUCCGAGGAUAUGGAUACUAGUUCUACGCAAACGAAAUUAGAUUCUAACGUGUCCGACUGUGGGUACGAGUCGCACGAUUCUCCAAAUACGGAUACACGUAAUGAGAAAAAUAACUUAGACCUAACGGACCUUUGGCAUGAGAGUUUCUCUGAAUUAUUUCCUACCCUAGCAUGACAGUUUCCUGAAAAAAGGAAAUAAAAAAUACAGCGUCUGUGAUAUAUCCUAGCCGUGCUUGCGCAAGGACAACCCGUGAUUAGAGAUUUGUUUGUUCUUUUUUGUUAUUUUAAAGAGAACAAUAUAGCACAAAUCGUAGCACAAUAUCAAUCACGUUAUGAACUGGUUAACUCACCUAUAGAGUUUAAAUGUACAAUUCCGUGCGUAUUUUUAUAUAUGUAAUUCGUAAUGUUAAGUUCUGUUUGAACCGUAAUAAUCGUUACACUAUUUUCUAUUU